UGUAGGAGAGAACCGUACGGUUGCAGUUUUAUGUUCCUGGUACGAUCCCUGUUCAAGAUGUCAGGCCACACACCCUCACUCUUGAGACUGGAACAGAAGGCGGCGGAGGCUGACCAGAUCAUCGAAUACCUCAAGCAGCAGGUCCAGCUGCUGAAGGAGAAAGCCAUUGUGCAGGCCACAGUAAAAGAGGAAAAGAAACUGAUGGCGGAGAAUGCCAAGCUCAAGAAGGACAUUGAGGAACUGAAGGAACAACUUCUGGAAAUGGAAAAGAGAAGAGGAGUGAAAGAUGUGUCCGUGCCUUCAGCAGAGCCCAGCAUCCAGUGUGUCUCUAAACCCACAGCCUCAGAGCCACCUGUCCCAGCAGCCCCUUCUGCUCCUGCCCCAGCCACAAAAACCCCACCAGCCAAAAACAGUGAUGACGGCAAAAAGAUGAAAGCCGAGAAGAAGGGAGAGAAGAAGGAGAAGAAGCCAGCGGCGCCUCCUCAGGAAGAGGCGAAAGUAGAUGUGUCUCGAUUGGAUUUGCGAGUGGGCUGCAUCCUCAGCGCUGAAAAGCACCCUGACGCCGACACUCUCUACGUUGAACAGGUGGAUGUUGGGGAAGCGGCUCCACGCACUGUUGUCAGUGGCCUGGUCAAACACAUCCCUCUGGAGCAGAUGCAGAAUCGUAUGGCUGUGCUUCUAUGCAACCUGAAGCCUGCUAAAAUGAGAGGCGUCUUAUCCCAGGCCAUGGUUAUGUGUGCCAGUUCUCCAGAGAAGGUUGAAAUCUUGGAUCCCCCAAGUGGAGCCAUGGCUGGAGACAGGGUUACCUUCCAGGGCUUCCCAGGUGAGCCCGACAAGGAGCUGAACCCUAAGAAGAAAGUGUGGGAGCAGGUCCAGCCAGACUUGCGCACCAAUGAACAAUGUGUGGCCACUUACAAGGGAGCUGCCUUUGAGGUCGGUGGGAAAGGAGUGUGCAAAGCUCAGACAAUGAGCAACAGUGGAAUCAAAUAGAAAUAUCUAAAAGAAUUUCCUUCUACUCUAACCUCUUGAUCUCUCUAAUGGCGCAAAAUGAAGGGACACGUUUGAGAUGAAUAAAGUCUUUGAAUGCUACUCUUUGAAUGUGUCUGUAUAUGGUAACAUGUCAAUAGAUACAUUUUUUUAAAGGAACAGAAUUCUAUAAUGAUUAAAAUUUGAACUUUUGAACUUGAAGGGUCAGUUCACUUCCAAAAUAAGAUUUGCUUAUUAUUUACUCACCACCAUGUCAAUAAAAAGAUGUUCAUGUCUUUCUUUCUUCAGUCGAAAAGAAAUUAAGGAUUUUAAGAAAAUGAAUUAAGUUAAUUGUCAAUUCAUUUUAUUUUACAUAUACAUUUGUAACACUUCAGGCUGUAUACAUUAUAGUUUGGUAAUUGGCCUUGAUUAACAGUCGACAAUAUGUAUUAAAUAAUGUUAGCCUACAUUCAUAAAAUGAAAUGAAAAUGUUUUUGUUUGUGCGUUAAUAUUAAUGAAUUGAAAUAAGUACAAGGCAACAAUAAAAUCAGAUCAAAUGUGUAUUACAAAACACAUGUAAAAUUUCAUGUUAACGUUUAAGUUGGUAAUGUAAGUUAAUAAUGAUCUAAGCUAAAAACAUUUUUAAGGUGAAUCCAUUUAUAACGGGAACACAAUAAAGCUCGUCCGAUAUGAGCAGCCCA